AUGCAAGCGUCCUCAUCGCGGUGUCUUCGCCUGGUAGCCACAGCUACUGUCCAGCAGUCCCAGGCCUCCAGCGCUCAGUCGCCGUCGUCGCUAGCGGUGAAGGAGGACGCGCCGAUUAACUUCGACGAUCUAGGGUUCGGGCUGGUGGAGACGGACUACAUGUACGUCGCCAAGUGCGUGCGCGGGGAGGAGUGGCAACAGGGCGAGCUGCGGCCGUACGGCAACCUCGAGAUUAGCCCCGCUGCUGGCGUGCUCAACUACGGCCAGGGCGUGUUCGAGGGCAUGAAGGCGUACCGCACGGCGGACGGGCGCGUGCUGCUCUUCCGCCCGCGGGAGAACGCCCUGCGCAUGCAGGAGAGCGCGGACCGGCUCAGCAUGCCCGGGCCCCCCGUGGAGCAGUUCGUGCAGGCCGUGAAGGACACCGUUCUGGCGAACCUGCGAUGGGUGCCGCCAUGUGGCAAGGGCGCGCUGUACAUCCGGCCGCUGCUGGUGGGCACUGGACCAGUUUUGGGCCUGGCGCCAGCGCCAGAGUACUCGCUACUGAUCUACGUGUCGCCGGUGGGGAACUACUUCAAGGGCGCCACGCUCACGCCCAUUGCUCUUAAGGUGGAGGAGCUCUACCACCGCGCUGCCCCCGGUGGCACUGGCAGCGCCAAGGCCAUUGGGAAUUACUCCCCGGUGCUCAAGACUCAGAUUGCGGCGAAGCAAGAUGGUUUCUCCGAUGUGGUGUACCUGGAUGCUCAAGAGAACAAGUACAUUGAGGAGGUGUCAUCGUGCAACAUCUUUGUGGUGAAGGACAAUGUCAUCUCUACUCCCGACCUACGCGGCACCAUUCUCGCAGGCAUCACCCGCCGCAGUAUCCUUGAACUCGCCCACUCCUUGGGCUACAAGACGGAGGAGCACCAGGUGUCGAUUGAGGAUUUGCUGGGAGCGGAUGAGGUGUUCUGCACGGGGACCGCUGUGGUGCUCUCUCCUGUGGGCGCUGUGACAUUCAGAGGGAACAAGACUACAUUCGGCGGGUUCGGCGGCGGUGGCUUCGGCGGCCGAGGCGGUGGCGGAGGUCGCGGAGGAUUCGGCGGAAGGGGCGGAGGUGGAGGCCGCGGGGGUUUCGGCGGGCGUGGCGGGGGCCGAGGGGGCGGAAGGGGUAUGCGGGGGGGCCGCGGAGGCGGAAGAGGCGGAGGGCGCGGGGGAAUGAAGGGCGGAGCGAAGGUGGUGGUGGAACCCCAUCGCCACGAGGGCGUGUUCGUUGCUCGCGGGAAGGAGGAUGCUCUUGUCACGAGGAACAUGGUGCCCGGGGAGAGCGUGUACGGCGAGAAGCGAAUCAGCGUCGAGCUGGAGGAAGGGAACAAGGUGGAGUACCGAGUGUGGAACCCUUUCCGAUCCAAGCUCGCGGCCGCUAUUCUCGGUGGCGUCGACAACAUCUGGAUUAAACCCGGGUCUCACGUGCUCUACCUCGGUGCUGCCUCGGGUACUACCGUCUCCCAUGUCUCAGACAUUGUUGGCCCGACGGGAAUCGUGUACGCCGUGGAGUUUUCUCACCGGUCGGGUCGCGAUCUCGUUAACAUGGCCAAGAGGCGAACCAACGUGAUUCCCAUUAUCGAGGACGCCAGGCACCCGCAGCGCUACCGCAUGCUCGUCGGCAUGGUGGAUACGAUCUUCGCCGACGUGGCACAACCAGAUCAGGCUCGUAUUGUUGCUUUGAACGGUCACUACUUCCUCAAGACGGGCGGCCACUUCGUUAUAAGCAUCAAGGCCAACUGUAUCGACUCUACAGUACCCGCAGAAGCAGUGUUCGCGAAAGAAGUGGCGAAAUUGCAGCAGGAGCAGUUCAAGCCAGCUGAGCAGCUGACGCUGGAGCCAUAUGAAAGAGACCACGCGUGUGUGGUGGGUGGUUAUCGCAUGCCCAAGAAGAAAAAGGAUGGCAAAUAG